AUGGCCCUGGACGGCGAGAGGGGGGAGCAAGAGGAGGAGAAGAAAAAGAAGAAGAAGAAAAAGAAGAGGAAGAAGAAGGAGGAGGAGGGGGCCGAGAAGAGCAGCUCACCCUUUGCAGCUACCAUGGGAGAAGACGACGCCGCGCUCCGGGCAAGCGGCAGGGGGCUCUCGGACCCGUGGGCUGACUCGGUGGGAGUGAGACCCCGCACCACGGAGCGCCACAUCGCGGUACACAAGCGUCUUGUGCUGGCCUUUGCCGUGUCCGUCGUUGCACUGCUGGCGGUCACCAUGCUGGCGGUACUGCUCAGCCUGCGCUUCGACGAGUGUGGAGCCAGCGCGGCUUUGCCGGGCUCCGACGGUGGCCCCGGGGGUUUCCCCGAGCGCGGCGGCGGCAACGGCAGCCACCCAGGAUCCGCCCGGCACAACCACCACUCUGAUGGGGAAUCCUCGCAGCGCGAGACCGGCGAGGUGGACACCCCAGGGACCCCGUCUGCCCUGCCGCCGUCGGAGGAAGAGUCAGAGCAGUGGCAGCCUUGGACACAGUUGCGCCUAUCCGGCCACCUCAAACCACUGCACUACAAUUUGAUGCUCACCGCCUUCAUGGAGAACUUCACCUUCUCCGGGGAGGUCAACGUGGAGAUCGCGUGCCUGAACGCCACCCGCUACGUUGUGCUGCACGCCUCCCGGGUAGCGGUGGAGAAGGUGCAAGUAGCGGAGGACCGGGCUUUCGGGGCUGUCCCGGUAGCAGGCUUUUUCCUUUACCCACAAACCCAGGUCCUGGUGGUGGUGCUGAAUAGAACCCUGGACGCGCAGAGGAAUUACAACCUAAAGAUUAUCUACAAUGCCCUGAUAGAGAAUGAGCUCCUAGGCUUCUUCCGCAGCUCCUACGUGCUCCACGGGGAGAGAAGAUUCCUUGGUGUUACUCAGUUCUCACCUACACAUGCCAGGAAGGCGUUCCCAUGUUUCGAUGAGCCAAUCUACAAGGCCACUUUCAAAAUCAGUAUCAAGCACCAAGCCACCUACUUGUCUCUAUCCAAUAUGCCGGUGGAGACGUCUGUGUUCGAGGAAGACGGAUGGGUAACAGACCACUUUUCCCAGACCCCUCUCAUGUCCACGUAUUAUUUGGCCUGGGCGAUUUGCAACUUCACAUACCGAGAAACUACUACCAAGAGUGGGGUUGUCGUCCGAUUAUAUGCAAGACCCGAUGCUAUCAGAAGAGGAUCCGGGGACUAUGCUCUCCACAUUACAAAGAGAUUAAUAGAAUUUUAUGAAGACUACUUUAAAGUGCCCUAUUCUUUGCCAAAACUAGAUCUGUUAGCUGUGCCUAAGCAUCCGUACGCUGCUAUGGAGAACUGGGGACUAAGUAUUUUUGUGGAACAGAGGAUCCUGCUGGACCCCAGCGUUUCAUCCAUUUCAUAUUUGCUGGAUGUCACCAUGGUCAUUGUUCACGAAAUAUGUCACCAGUGGUUCGGCGACCUCGUGACUCCGGUGUGGUGGGAAGAUGUGUGGUUGAAGGAAGGCUUUGCCCACUACUUUGAAUUUGUGGGCACGGAUUACCUUUAUCCUGGCUGGAACAUGGAAAAGCAGAGAUUUCUGACAGAUGUUCUGCAUGAAGUGAUGCUGCUUGACGGGUUGGCCAGUUCCCAUCCAGUAUCACAGGAAGUGCUCCGGGCAACAGAUAUCGACAGAGUGUUCGACUGGAUCGCUUACAAAAAGGGCGCUGCUUUAAUUAGAAUGCUGGCUAAUUUUAUGGGCCAUUCGGUUUUUCAGAGGGGUUUGCAAGAUUAUUUAACUAUUCACAAGUAUGGCAAUGCAGCCAGAAAUGAUCUUUGGAACACAUUAUCAGAGGCUUUAAAAAGGAAUGGAAAAUACGUGAACAUACAAGAAGUAAUGGACCAGUGGACACUCCAGAUGGGAUACCCUGUUAUCACCAUCCUGGGAAACAUGACAGCAGAAAAUAGAAUAAUUAUCACCCAACAACAUUUCAUUUAUGACAUCAGUGCUAAAACCAAAGCACUCCAACUUCAAAAUAAUAACAGUUACCUGUGGCAGAUUCCAUUAACAAUUGUGGUAGGAAAUAGAAGCCAUGUGUCUUCAGAAGCAAUUAUUUGGGUGUCUAACAAAUCAGAACAUCACAGAAUAACAUACUUGGACAAAGGAAGCUGGAUCCUCGGAAACAUCAAUCAAACGGGCUACUUUAGAGUUAACUAUGACCUAAGGAACUGGAGAUUACUGAUUGAUCAAUUAAUCAGGAACCAUGAGGUGCUUUCCGUCAGUAACCGUGCGGGCUUGAUCGAUGAUUCCUUCAGCCUGGCCAGAGCAGGCUAUUUGCCUCAGAAUAUUCCCCUGGAGAUUAUCAGAUACCUGUCUGAGGAAAAGGAUUUUCUUCCUUGGCACGCUGCCAGCCGAGCUCUUUAUCCUCUGGAUAAAUUACUGGACCGCAUGGAGAACUACAAUGUCUUCAACGAAUACGUUUUAAAACAAGUUGCAACCACGUAUAUCAAGCUUGGAUGGCCAAAAAAGAACUAUCAAUGGAUCUCUCGUUCAAGUACAUCCUACCAACACGAGGAACUCCGGAGAGAAGUGAUCAUGCUGGCAUGACAGCUUCGGAACAAACACUGUCACCAGCAGGCGUCCACCCAUUCCGACUGGAUUUCCAGCAACAGGAACAGAAUACCACUGAAUGUUCGAGACAUCGUUUACUGCACAGGGGUGUCGUUACUGGACGAGGAUGUCUGGGAGUUCAUCUGGAUGAAAUUCCACUCCACCACUGCAGUUUCGGAGAAGAAGAUACUACUGGAGGCUCUAACUUGCAGCGAUGACAGGAAUUUAUUAAAUAGGCUUCUAAAUCUGUCUUUGAAUUCUGAAGUGGUGUUGGAUCAAGAUGCAAUUGAUGUCAUAAUCCACGUAGCCAGAAAUCCACAUGGUCGAGAUCUUGCUUGGAAGUUUUUCAGAGACAAAUGGAAAAUACUAAAUACCAGGUAUGGAGAAGCAUUAUUUAUGAAUUCCAAACUUAUCAGCGGAGUUACAGAAUUUCUUAAUACAGAAGGGGAGCUAAAAGAGCUAAAGAACUUCAUGAAGACCUACGAUGGUGUAGCCUCUGCCUCAUUCUCACGAGCUGUGGAAACCGUGGAAGCCAAUGUGCGCUGGAAAAGGCUUUAUCAAGAUGAGCUGUUCCAAUGGCUGGGAAAAGCCAUGAGGCACUAA